CAACGUGGCAUGCCACGCGUUUUCUGCCAGACCCGAAACAGUAUCACUGUUCCGUCUCUCUCGCCUCGGAGCUGCUCCUCCUGCUCCUGGAAGGAAAACUUCAGGAAACCUGUCAAGGACUGAAUUUCUAGGGUUGUGAGACCUCACCAGAGAGUAGUGCACAAUGUCAACUGCAGGAGUUGCUGCUCAGGAGAUGAGAGUCCCGUUAAAAACAGGAUUUCUUCACACUAGUCAAGGCAUGGGGAGUCUGAAGACCUGCUGGGGUAGCCACAGUGGAUUUGAAAAUACUUUCUUUAAUGUGGACCCUAUAGCAGUGGCGUAUAACUUGAAUCCAUCAACAGAGCAACAUUUACCAUCCAUUGGGCACUCUUCCAACCAUUCUUCUGCAAAUGACCACAGCUUUGCUGAAACUUGCACCCAAGUCCCAUCUCAGAAAUGCAGCCCACCUCCUUUAAGUCCCAAAACUGAAGAGCCCAUUUCAACAUACGAAGACCAUCUCGUUCCUGGCUUUAGUAAACUGUCAUUAACCAUGGGCUGUGUUUCUGAAGAAACACCUCCUCACAUGCCAAUAAAAAAUGGGCCAAUUCAAUUUCUGUCUGCAUCUUCCAACGACCGGAGCUCCAGGCCACUGCCCCCUCUGCCUAUUUCUGAAGACCUUACUCCAGAUGAGGUUGACAAGGAGGUGGAAUUCCUCACUAGCUCAGAUACUGACUUUUUGUUAGAAGAUUAUGAACUUCCUCCUUUUAAAUCCAGUGCUCCAAGCCGGCGGAGCUUUAGGGGCUGCGGACAAAUCAACUAUGCAUACUUUGAUACUCCAACGGGACCAAAACCAGAAGAUGCCAACCCCACACAAAGCCUAAGUGGAUAUAUAUCCAGUAUUUAUCCUCCUCCACAGCAGCUGCAUCGACGUUUGCGAAGGUCCCAUUCUGGGCCAGCUGGAUCUCUUAAUAAACCAGUAGUAAGACUAUCUGGACACUUAACCAGGUCUUCUCCAAACUCUGAUGAAGAUAAACCAGAGAUUCCACCAAGGGUUCCCAUACCUCCAAGGGCUCUCAAACCGGAUUACAGAAGGUGGUCAGCAGAAGUUGCUUCUAGUGCAUAUAGUGAUGAAGACAGGCCUCCAAAAGUGCCCCCCAGAGAACCUUUGUCACGCAGCAAUUCCCGUACGCCAAGUCCCAAAAGCUUGCCAUCAUACCUCAAUGGGGUUAUGCCCCCCACCCAGAGUUUUGCACCUGAUCCUAAGUAUGUCAGCAGCAAAGCUCUACAAAGACAAAAUAGUGAAGGAUCUUCCAACAGGGUCCCCUGCAUUCUUCCGAUCAUUGAAAAUGGUAAGAAGGCCAGUUCAACGCACUACUACCUGCUGCCUGAGAGGCCUCCCUAUUUGGACAAGUAUGAGAAAUUCUUCAGAGAGGCAGAAGAAAGUAGUUCUACCGCAGAGGUUCAGUCGUGGUCUGAUGACUGCACAGCCACUACAGCCCCAGCAAAACUGGACUCAAAACCUAGGGUGGACAUAGCUGGUCAUCUGAAACGAAAACAUCUGUCUUACGUGGUUUCUCCAUAGCCUCUGGGAGCACAGUCUCAGCUCAGUUGUUCAGGAUGGAGCUCAACUUUAUCAUGUUACAAAGUUCUUCGGGUUCUCAGAUAAUGAAGUAGGACCAGUUUGUCCUCCGAGAACUGGAAAGCGGAUGGUAAAGUCCUCCUAUGCUGCAUAUCUCUGAUAUGUUUCUUAAGACUGUUUUUUGUCUUGGUCUGUAUAGCUGAAAAUCUACAGAGAUUCCAUAGAAACAUAUGGAGGGGGAGUAGUCACAGUUGGCCAGUUAUAUGCUACCUAGAUGAACGUAUUUGGUAGUCAUGGUAUUAAAGAAUUAAAAAAAAAAAUCAAUCUAGCUUUUCUUAUGAGUCACUUACAAAGCUACAACAGGGCAGAUAAUGCAGUACAGGUUUUGUACCAGGCAUUUCCAAAAGUUCUUUCACACAGUUAACUCUGCUGAGAACAGACUCUGUCCUCUUUGACUAGGAUACGCCAACCUGGUAAGAAGGUAGCUGCAAGAUCUGAUAUCCACUUCAAGACUUGGCAAGCAUAUUGGAAGUGCAUUUCGAAAGAUUAACCUAUUUUACAACUUGAUUUGACACUAAGACUUUUAAAGUGAGUUAGGUUUUGUGGAUUCUUUCAGUUGCUAGGCAACACUUGGCUCAAUUUUGCAGUUUUUCCUAGGAGACUUGGACCAGCUAUUGCUAAGCCUCUACUGCUGCUCUUUUCCUGCUGGAUCCUAAAAAUGUGUGGAAGUGGCCUGAAAGUGGCAGAGGAUACGAGCAGCUCUACAGCUGCUAUUAGGUAGGCAGCAACAACAACAUGCUUACCUAGAGUCUGGAAUUCUGACUGUAUUAACUACAGAAACACAGCACAAGCUGGUCUUGUGGUUUGUUUUCUGUUCAGUAUUUUAAGGGAGGAGGAGAGUAUGAGGGAAAAACAUGAUUCCAUUUAUGAACAGUGUCAGUCCCAUCUCUCGCUGCUUCAGAUGCUGCUUCUUGCUGUUCAGUUUUUCCUCAUCGUGCCUCAGCAAUCCAUAGUUCCUUGAGGUGCCACAUUUGUGCAUUGGCAGUUUCUCGUGCUCAUUUUGAUUACCUUUAUCCUCUUGCAGAUAAGCACAAGAGACAGGGUGCUCCUUAACGGAGGUGCAGAAGAUGAAUGUGUUCCUCCACAGAAAUAAACAAGCUGUUUACAGUUUAAACUGCUGAAUGAGGUGUUUGAGCUAUUUUAAAGCUUAAUUUUUAUUUGUUUUAGUACAAACUAAAUGAAGGUGAAAUACAUGCUAUAGAAAUGCACUGAUAUUUCUGCAUUGUGUACAGUAUUGAAUAAAAAAAUUCACUUUGUAUUUUGAAUAUUGUCAUGUCUUGAAUUUAAUAAAGUUAUAAAAUAUUUAUGAUA